CGACACACGGCCAUGCAAGUUGCUCGAAGCGCUCGGCUCGCCCGCGUCGCCGACCGUCGAGCAGCGCGACUCUGCGCCAAGGACGGGCUCGUCGCUGCCUGCGUGACGCCACGUCUUCUCCACUGCAUUCUCGAUGGCCGCGUUCACACCGUUCUCAAGGCGCCCGCCGCCAUUGUGGCCGUCGAGAUCCUGGAAGAUGCGCUCCUCGUAGCAACCGCAACAGGCCAUAUAUGGUCCGUGGCCAAGCCCACCGCCGGCCAACCGCUUUGCACCAUCACGCUCGCCCGCGCACCAGACUGUAGCUCAGCGCAGGACCUUCUUAUCGACGAGCCUCUCGGAGCCAAGCACCGGCGGUCGGCCGCGAGCAUAUCGGCCGCACCGAUCGCGUGUCUGCCGGGUGUACAGUCGCUCUGCGCCAUCGACGCAUCUACCUUUGCAGCGACGAGCAACAUCUUUCCCACAACCGUCUUUUCGAGCCCGCAUGCGCCGGUGGAGCUCGAGGAACUCGAAGGCGACCAGUCGACGUGUCUCGUCGCGCGGCCCGCGGCCCGCCUCAGCCGCUGGCUUCUCGCCCGGAUGAAGGCGCCCGAGACGGCCCAGUACGUUCUGCUUCAGGGCGACUGCGACGGCUCUGUGCGCUUCGCAGUGCUCAGUGCUGCGCGUGCGGUGCUCUGCACUGGGACAUUGCACGAAGCGUCCUCCGCGAUACAAGGCAUUGUGGUGAUGAAUGCUGGUCUUGCGAUUGCAGACGCCAGUGGCAACACGAGUCUACUCACGCAGCCGAGCACAAUAUCCUCGAAGGGACCAGUGACCCAGGGUAUUGUGUACGUGCCUGGGUGCUUGGCGCUGGUGUACUGUACAUUGGACGGCGCUCUGUGGGCGCGCCCCGUCACAAAUGACGCGCUGCAGUCGCCCCUCGCUCUGCCGCUGCCACCCGACGUCGUUGCGCUUUGCAGCCAUGGCGAGAGCACCGUGACGUGCUUGGGGAGCACCGGCCAACUUCUGGUGCUGACGCUGCCACCGUCGAUGGCCGUUGCGCCCCUGCACGAAGGCUACGGCAAAGUGGGCAUGUACCGUCGCGCCGGCACGGACCGCUCGAUCAAAACACAGCUGAACGCGAUCCAGGCUGCCGCCGAUGCCAAAGCCUCGCUUCUCAUCGUCUCCAAGGCCCUGGACCGGUCCUUGACGAACCUCGAAGCGGCGUUACGUCUUCUCCAGCGUGUUCAAGCUCACGGUAUCGCCAGCGUCGUAACAUGCGCGGUGACGACGCGUCGGCGUCACGAGCCGUCGCUUGGUCUUUGCAGCGCAUCAAGCGAAGACCUAUUGAUUCGCGUCACGCUCGAAUCGACCCACGGCGCUGUGUCCUUGGAGCAAUGGGUGCUGCAUGUGACGGUGUCGCACGGCACCUACAGCGGUGACUUGAGCGAGUUUAGUGUGCCCUGUCCGCCGUCCCUUCAGUCGUCUUGGUCUGCGCAGUUGCCCGUGGUUUCCCACUCGCUGCUUCGCGUCACGUGUCGUUUGGUGUUUUUAGUCGAGAGCAAAGACCCGCUAUUGCUGCCUCUUGGCACAGUAGACGUGCAUCUGCUUGCACAAGCCACGCCGUGGCCCGGCGUACCCCGGCAAUCCCAGCUUAGCGCUGCGAUGCUCAAGCAGCUCUACGUACCGCGCCCCGGGGCGCCGUCUCCGCGCAGUCUGUGGGCCCCUGCGGCGAUGCUUGACGCCCCGAUGGCGCUGCCGCCUUCGGCGCCGCUUUUGUGGUCACUGCAUCUUUCGCUCGGGGACCCCAUUGUGCUUGAUGGCGCGCGUGCGGUGCUCGGGGUCCGCGUCAACUCGGAGAAUGUUGUGGUGCUUGUGGCCGACCACGUUGAGCGCCAAGUGCUGCUGACGUUGGGUGUUUCGGACGCAAGCGAUCUGAGCUUCGUGCGCGCCAGUGUCUUGAGCAAGCUGCCGCCGGCAGUGGGUGACGCCAAGGCCGCGCACGCGUUGUGCGUCGCUGCAGGCUGCUACGAGGCGCUCUUGCACCUUGAAGCCAAGUGGACACACGCUUACGAAUCGUACGCGGACCUCUUCGCACCGCGUCGGAUCUGUGCGGUCGAAGCACGGCAACUGCUGGUGGCCCUGCUUGCGAUCGAAGCCCAGCUCUGUGACUUGUACUGGAAGAUGCGCAAGAUUACCAACGUGCAUGCGCUCGCGUAGCUAAAUACGACCAAAUAUAUUGCACACUUGCUACUGUUGA